AUGGCUUCCGUUCCUGAUCCGUCGACGUUCACGUCGUCGGCCCAGAUCUUCUCGGCAAAGCACACCCUCCCGCAGAUCCGCUCCAUGCACAACGCGCUCAGUGUCCAGAUCGAAGAGAAGGCGAGCCGUCUGCGCUCACAGGUCGGCGGCUCGUAUCGCGAGCUGCUCGGCACCGCCGAUACGAUUGUCCAGAUGCGAGGCGACAACGACCGAGUCCAGGAACUGCUGGGCAAUAUGGGCGGGCGCUGCGGCCGAAGCGUCGUUUCCGCAAAGGCCAAGGGGCUGGCGGAGUUCGUGCUGCUGGACGCGUGCGGGCUCAUGGUUGGCAGGAUACUCAAGGGACAGGGUGGCGUCGACGACGGGGUCAAGAGGGGGCAAAGACUGGUGUUGGCGACCAAGGUGUGGGUUCUGGGCCGCUUGCUGAUCAAGAGCCUGGGCGAAGAAACAUCCGACGAGAGCGUAAAGCGUCGCCUGGAAACGGCACGCAGGGCCAUGGCCACCAUGCGUCGCCGCCUCCUGAGCUGUGUGCGCAAGAUUCUGGACAAGGCAGACGACGGCACCGAGAGGGAUGACGUGCUCAAAGCGCUCUGCGCCUACAGUCUUGUGACCAGCUCGGGGGCGAGGGACGUCCUGCGAUAUUUUCUUUCCGCCAGGGAGGAGGCCAUGGCGCUGGCGUUUAUACGAGACGAGGGCAUGCCCUCUCCGACCACGGAAGACGUCAUUCACAGCUUGAGUCUUUACACGGGAACUAUCCUCGAAGUCCAAUUUCUGGUUCCGGGCAAGCUGUCACCGGCGCUAGGCAACCUGAAGAGCCAUCCACUACUGGAUGAUUCGUCUCUCAGGGGGCUCGAGGGUCUUCACCUCGACGUGUCUGCAACUUGGUGCAGCGAAGAAAUCAGAUACUUUAUGCCUUUCGUCCGCCAUGACGACCUGGACGGGAAGCUGGCCAGGGACAAGCUUGCCGAGUGGGCUGACAAGGGCGGCCAGAUCAUUCUCGAGGGCUUGAAGAAGACGCUUGAGCGGAUGACGGAGCUCAAGUCGAUCCUGGACCUCCGCACUCGGGUGCUACAGCUCUGGAUCCGAGAGGGGGGCAGGGCCAAGGGGUUUGAUCCGCUGGAGAUGCAAGACGACUUGCGAGAUGCCAUCAACUCACGCAUGCUCGCUGUGCUAGAGACCAAGGUGACGAAACUGCGCCUGGUCGGGUCAGAAGUCAAGGCGACGCUCGAGGCGUGGCAGCAGGGGGUUACGGAUCAGGUCCCCGGGCUGUGGGACGAGGAUGGCUACGACGCGGCGCUGUCCAAGGGUGCUGCGCCGUUUGUGCAGGAGGUCGUGUCUCGGCUGUACGGCCGCAGCGACCCCGUUUCUAAGGCGGUACACAGCUACAGCUCGUGGGUUCAUGUCAUUGACGACGUCAGGGACGCCGUGGAGCAGCUGAGACGGCAGCGGUGGGACAAUGACUACGACGAGAUUGAGGACGAGGAAACCAUUGAAGCGAGACAGCAGGUCUUGAGCAAUGACGACCCCCGCAAGCUCCAAGAGAAGCUCGACGCAGCCCUAGACACGGCAUUCCAAGAGCUCGAGGAGCAGCUCGGCAAGCUGUGGCGAGAAAGUUCAGAGGGACCAGCGAACGGCCCCAUCGCCAUGUACAUGAUUCGGAUCCUCCGCGACGUCCGCGCCCAGCUGCCCGAGCGCCCGGCCAUCAAAGACUUUGGGCUCGCCCUCGUCCCCAGCCUACACAGCAGCGUCGUGGCCCACGUAUCGGCGACGGCCCUGGACGACUUCGCGGCUACUUUCUUGUCCGACAGAGAGUUGACGGGGAGGCUCCUGUGGGAGGGGGAGCCGCCGCUGCCGAACCAGCCUUCGCCGGGCAUCUUCCGAUUUCUCCAGACGCUCUCUCUGGCGAUGGCGGAUGCGGGGAUCGACCUGUGGAGCGCGGAGGCGGUGACGGCGUUGAAGAGGCAUACGUGUGGACGCCUGCGCGAUGUGUGGCAGAGAGAGCUGUCUGGCCUGUCGUCCAGCAAGAUGGCAGACACGGGCAAAGACGACGGCAUGACGAGUGAAGAUCAGGAAUGUAGCCAGAAAGAUGGCGACACAGAGCACAAAAGCGAGGCCCAGGAAGAUGGAAAGGGAGACACAGAGGCCGAGGCGAGGGAGCAAGGCGCUGUGCUAAGCGCCAGUCAGGUCCGUGACAUUGCCGUCCAAUGGCAUUUUGACGUCUCUUUCUUACUAUGCUGCGUCGGAAACAUAUCUGGAUCGGCGUCCGAGGACCUCAGAUCCAUCGAAUCGAACAUGGUUGAGCAGUCAGGCCUCGAAGACGGGCCCUCCCGGCAGCGCGUUGUCAGGGCUUCGCAGGACUAUUGGCAGCGCACAAGCUUGCUCUUUGGACUGUUGGCAUGA